AUGUUGGAUGUUUUGGAAUGCCUCAGUAAGUUGAGUAAGCGUUAACUUUAGGAGUGACCAAGACUUGAUUCAGUUCAACACAACAACCAAGCCAUGGAUCAUUAAUUGCAUUAACAGCGACCUGCAAGAGCGUUUUCAGAGUAUCCAAGGGGCUGAUCCAACUUUGCUUGCUUUUUCAGUGUUUGAUGCAUCUCUCUGGCCAGAUGAUAGGGUGGAGUUAGGUACUUAUGGAGAAGAAAAAAUCCGUCAUCUUGUUGAACAUUUCAGGCCCCUGCUUGAAAAGAACAAUUUCGAAUUUGAAGCUGUGUAUGAAGAAUGGGCUGGUCUGAAAGCAUGCAUCUCCAAUACCUACCAAGAUUUUACUUUCAAAGCUUUGUGGAAGAGAGUGUUUAACAACUACCAUGACAGGUUCCCCAAUGCUCUGAUGUUAGUUGAGAUUCUCAUGAUCUUACCCCUGGCAACGGCAUGCUGUGAACGGGGAUUUUCAAUCAUGGGGAAGAUAAAAUCAGACUGGAGAUCUUGUUUAUCUGUGGACAUAUUAGACUGCCUUAUGCGAGUUAGCAUAGAAGGUCCUUCUGUUGCUGAUUUUAACCCACAUCCUGCACUGCAAAGUUGGUGGAACAGUGGUCCAAGAGCAAGACGCCCAUAUUUCAAUAAUUAAUGGGGUUGAAAAACAAACAUUCUAUUUGAGCUAGACUCUUAAUUUUGUUAUGUUUCUAUUAUGGAUAGUGGAAAAUAUGUUUCUUUCAUUUUUGGAAAGUAAAAUUUUACUAUGGAAAGUAAACUUUCGUAUCUACUUUCCACAGUGGCAAGUUAUGUCAAAAGUUAGUGUCAAGCCCUGCGUAUUUAUAGCCUGUGGUACUUCGGUUGUUGCACGUAUGUACAAGUAUUUGCCUCUCAGCAUGCACUAAAUGAAUAACAAAAAAUUGUGAAAGUUUUAUUAAUUAUGUGCUGUAUGUGUUCUUGUAAUUUAGAUAUCAGUGCCAGAAGAUUACCAGACCUGGUAUGAAACAAUGUGUGCCAAGUUCCCACCCAAAUUCAGCAGGCUUUUUCAGGGACCUAUGUGGAGUGGACUGCCACUAAAUUUACAAAAAGAUCCACUUACAGUAAGUAUGAUAUUCUAUGAUACAUUGAUUUUUGUUCCUCUUUUCAGUUGCAUAAUUAUUAGUGUAAUGAACAUAAUGAGGCUACUUUCACAUACAAUUAAUAAUAUAGUGUUAUUUUGCUAUGCAUAAGUGGUUUUAGAACAUGAAUCUCUUCUUAGUUUUCAGUCUGACAAAGCCUAUUUGUUAAAAAGCACCCUGUAAGACAUGCAAGGUCAAAAUUUGGUUCCUCUUUCAUUUACUACGGUGCAGUGCUCUAAGAUGCAUCUGUUUUGGUGGCCAUGGUGAUUAGAACAAUAAUUUGGGGACUAAACUUGUAGCAAAAGUCACCAAUUUGGCGACCUGUGUUUGGCCGUCAUGUGCAAAGUGGUCUUUACCAAACAGUUUUUCACGUUUGUUGACUGUGACAUGAGUAAACAUCAACAAAACUAAGGCUUGGAGCACUGCAGUGUAUGUGAUUUUUAAUCUCCUUGUUUUGUCCCCUUGUUUGUUUGCUUUUCUUGCAGUAAUGAUAUGUAAUGUAACUUACAAUAGAUGUAACAUUUGGAUUAUAAAGAUGUAUAAAUAUUAAUGAAUAAUGCUUUGCUUAUCAGGCCAGACCCAGUGUUGCAGCGCCCAGUAUAAGAACUGUCCAGAAGAACAAUGCUUUCUCUGCAUUCUCAGACAAACCAGGAAUACAGGUAUUUAAUGCUACUACUUUGAAAAACAAAUAUUGUAGGUACUGAUUAAAUAUUUUUCUUUCAAAAUGUUGCCUUUCACCAGUAGAAUUUUGAAAAGGUAGAUACAUUUUCAUUUUUCUCACGUUUUAAAUGAAAUGUAAUAUUUAGUCUUUGAGCGUGUCAUAAUAUCUGCUGUUCAGAUAUCCUAAACGAUAUCUCCUUUUUUAUUUGUCCUAUAGAUUGAGGCUCUGAAACAGUUAAAAGUUUCCAAUCCCAAGGGAAGAUUUUGGAUAAAGGUAGAUGCCUUUGACAUCAAGGUUGCUUUGCAAGAGUCAGUACAGGGUCAGUGGAAUGGCGACAUUGACUUGGGUGAUCAGAGAGUAGCCCUGCUGCACCAAGAAUACCAGCAACGAAAGUCUCUUUGUAAAGCCAGUGACCUUUUAUCAAGUAAAGACCAUCUCAUGGCAAGGUUACAAAAGCUGCUUGAUCGUCUCCAUGUGGAUGUUACGUUCCUUGCUGAUGGCCUUGUUGCUGCUCAAGACGCAUAUACCAAGAAAUUUAAUGCCCCAAAUACAUCCCAAGAGUUGUUGAAGGCUCUUUGUUGGGAGAGGGUAGAAUUCAACAUGCUGUUGCAGAAGCACAGUGUUUCAUUGAGACAUAUGAAACAAUGA